AUGGAACUAGCGUUGUGCCUAGGCGACAAUACUAACAAACAGUUCUCUUUUCUGGAGAAGCCCUCGAAGAUUAACAAUAAUUCCUCUGCCUCAUUAACCUCGACUUCCGACAAGGAUCUUGAGUGCUGCAUGGGUUUAGAUGGUGCUUUUAGUGGUCACAGAUCGUUGUCAUCCUCUUCUUCUCCGUCGGUAGAAGAUGAGAAGAAGAAAAAGAAGAAACCGGCGCCCAGAGCAAUGGAUUCCGAUGAAUUUAGGGUUUCCUCUUCGGUAGAUCCGUCAUUACAGCUUCAGCUUCACUUCCCUUGGCUCCCUGAGAACAGUCGGCAGGGAGGAAGAAUGCUCUCUGAAGCAGCUACCGUGGCGGAGGACGAAGAUGAAGAAGAGGAUGAGGCCGUGCCUAGCAUGUCAGUGUCACCGCCAAAUAGCGUAACGUCGUCAUUUCGGUUGGACUUUGGGAUUAAGAGUUAUGGUUAUGAAAGAAGAAGCAAUAAGCGAGAUAUUGAUGAUGAAGUUGAGAGAUCUGCUUCGAGAGCCAGCAACGAAGACAACGAUGACGAAAACGGAUCCACCAGGAAGAAACUUAGACUCUCUAAAGACCAAUCUGCUUUUCUUGAAGAUAGCUUCAAAGAACACAGCACCCUUAAUCCUAAGCAGAAGAUUGCGUUGGCGAAGCAGUUGAAUCUUCGUCCUCGCCAGGUUGAAGUUUGGUUUCAAAAUAGACGAGCCAGGACAAAGCUGAAGCAAACGGAAGUGGACUGUGAAUACCUAAAGAGAUGCUGUGAGUCACUAACCGAAGAAAACAGGAGGCUACAGAAAGAGGUCAAAGAAUUGAGAACCCUGAAGACUUCUUCUCCUUUCUACAUGCAACUUCCGGCCACGACUCUCACGAUGUGCCCUUCUUGCGAACGCGUUGCCACCUCAGCAUCUCAUCCCUCCACGUCAGUUGCUCAUAACAUUGGUUUGUCCACAUCAUCAUUUCAUAGUCCUUUGAUUCCGGUUAAGCCUCAGCCAGCCAAACAAGUUUCAUGA